CAGAGAGCAUGCAGGACCCAUCAGGUCUGAUCAGGACCCAUCAGGACUCAUGAGGACCAUGAUCAGGAUCAGGACCCAUCAGGACCAUGAUGAGGACCGACCCUCCUCUUAGAGCAGAAACUGAUGAAUGAGUGGAGAAGCAGCCAAGCCUGCUGCAUCUCAUUACCACCACUUCAGAAAUAAAAAGCUCUUCUCUCGGAGGAGACUCAGAAGCAGAAACAGAAACCAGAGGACGGAAGGUGUGUAGGUAGUGUGGCCAUGCUGAGGUAGCAGCAGCCUGCAGGUCAGGAUGUCUGCUGAAAAAGAGGAGGGUCUGAAUUUGAGGAGGAGGGAGAGAGAGAUCUGCUACGUCACUGAUGAAGACGAAGACAAUGAUGGAGAUGAUGAGGAUGAGUGGAUACCUGACCAGUCCCAUGGCGCCCCCUUCAGCUCCGAGAAUGAUGCUCAGGGAGGCGACUCGGCCGCGUGGCAGUGUACCCCUCCCUCAUCUACCUCACCGUCGGGGGAGACGGCGUCCCACCCUCCUUCCUCCCAGCCCGCCUCCAGACCCCGCUCCAGGCCGGACAGCCAAAGCCCCUCCCCUCCCUCCGUCCUGACGGGAACCAAGAAGAGGAGCUCCAAACCGGCACACAUGAGACGCAACAUCAGGAAGUUACUGAGGGAGCAUCAGUUAGAGGCAGUGACCAAAGCCGCCCAGCAGGAUGAAUUGGAGAGGAGGCAUCGUCUGGAGCAACAGAGCAAACAGGAUUUCCCCGUACCACUGCUGCCUGAAUACACAACUGGUGAUGUGACGAAGCAUGUGCCGUCAUCGUCGGCAUCAACUGCGUCGCAGCAAGAAGUGAAGUCCGUCCGACAGGGAGUGAUCUGCCUGGACUCUAGCAGCACUGGCAUCAGCGAGGAUGACAGCAAGAUUAACGUACCCAUCUCUGCCACCACAGAGCGCUCACACAAAACAGAUGUGAUCGAUCUGAGCUCAGGCGAGGACGAGACCAUCGUCCACGUCAGCAGCACCUGCGAAUCCAUCGUCGAGGAAGAAGCGAGCGAGCCGAGCGGCGUGCACGCCGACGACAUCCUGAACCAACCGGACACCCAGGGCAGGGUGCUGGUCAACCUGAACCAUCCGGAGGCGGAGGAGGACAUCUUCCUGACGCAUCAGCUGGCGCGAGCAGUCAAACCUCACCAGAUCGGUGGAAUCCGUUUUCUGUACGACAACCUGGUGGAGUCGGUGGAGCGGUUCAGCAGCAGCAGCGGAUUCGGCUGCAUCCUCGCUCACAGCAUGGGCCUGGGCAAAACGCUGCAGGUCAUCUCCUUCAUCGACGUCCUCUUCAGACACACCCAGGCUCACACCGUGCUCGCCAUCGUACCUGUGAACACGCUGCAGAACUGGCUGUCAGAGUUCAACAUGUGGGUCCCGCCCCCGGAGGCGUUACCUCCAGAUACCGACCCAGGACUGGUGACGCCACGUGCCUUCAAGGUUCACAUCCUCAACGACGAACACAAGAACACAACGAGCAGGGCCAAGGUGGUGGAGGACUGGGCCCGGGACGGAGGCGUGCUGCUGAUGGGCUACGAGAUGUACCGCCUCCUGUCGCUGAAGAAGGGCUUUGUGGCCGGAAGGAAGAAGAAGAGCAAGAAAACAACGGGACCUGUCGUCAUCGACCUGGAUGAAGAGGACAAGCAGCAGGAACUGCUCAAAGGUAUCGAGAGAGCCUUGGCCAGACCCGGUCCAGAUGUGGUGAUCUGUGACGAAGGCCAUCGCAUCAAGAACUGCCACGCCAGCACGUCGCAGGCUCUGAAGAACAUCAAAACCCGACGCCGCGUGGUCCUGACGGGUUAUCCACUCCAGAACAACUUGAUCGAGUACUGGUGCAUGGUUGACUUUGUCCGGCCCGACUUCCUAGGUGCGCGGCAGGAGUUCAGUAACAUGUUCGAGCGUCCCAUUCUGAACGGGCAGUGUGUGGACAGCACGCCUCAGGACGUCCAGUUUAUGAGGUACAGGAGCCACGUCCUGCACAGCCUGCUGGAGGGCUUCGUUCAGAGGCGAGGUCACGACGUCCUGAGGGACCAGCUGCCCUCUAAAGAGGAGCAUGUGAUCCUGGUGCGUCUGUCUCCCCUGCAGAGGGCGCUCUACACCGAGUUCAUGAACCGCUUCAGAGAGGCAGGAAACACCGGCUGGCUCAGCCUCAACCCACUGAAGGCUUUCUGUGUCUGCUGCAAGAUCUGGAACCAUCCAGACGUGCUGUACGAGGCCUUACAGAAGGAGAACCUGGCCAGUGACCAGGACUUGGACCUUGAUGACAUCACUUCCACAGGUUCCGCCCAGUGUCCGACCGCCCCCAAUCAGAAGUCCAAGCCCCUGGAGAACCCCAACCCCAUCGGUGGACUGAGCCUCAACCAGCUGCAGGAGAAAGCCAAUCAGGUCAUCACCUACGAAUGGGCGAAGGACAUCCUGUACGACUACAAGCCCGGCAUCCUGGAGAACUCGGCAAAGAUGGUGCUGCUGUUCCACCUGAUAGAGGAGAGCGUCAGGAAGGGAGACAAGAUCCUCGUCUUCAGUCAGAGUCUGUCCACACUGACAGUGAUUGAGGAUUUUCUGGCUAAGAGACCAGUUCCUCCAUCGCCCAACACGUCCAGCCGAGGAAGACCCAACCAGAACUGGGUCCGCAACCUCAACUACUACAGACUAGAUGGAAGUACAACGGCCUCCGAGAGAGAGAGACUGAUAAACCAGUUCAACGAUCCGUCUAACACCUCAGCGUGGGUCUUCCUGCUGUCAACCAGGGCUGGUUGUCUGGGCGUAAACCUGAUCGGGGCGAACCGUGUGGUGGUGUUUGACGCCUCCUGGAACCCGUGCCACGACGCCCAGGCUGUGUGCCGCGUCUACCGCUACGGUCAGAGGAAGCAGUGUCAUAUCUACCGGCUGGUGUGCGACUUCACACUGGAGAAGAAGAUCUACGACCGCCAGAUCUCCAAACAGGGCAUGUCAGACCGUGUGGUGGAUGACCUGAACCCCGUGCUGAACUUCACCCGGAGAGAAGUGGAGUCUCUUCUUCACUUUGUGGAGGAGGAGCCGGACCCCUCCCUUGUCCGGCUGCAGCCCCAGGACAGCAUGGAGAGCGUCCUCAGGAGGGCUCUGCACCUCUAUCCUCUCCAGAUCACUAAGCAACCGUUCCCCCAUGAGUCCCUUUUGAUCGACCGCAGGGAGCUGAAGCUGAGCAAAGCCGAGAAGAAAGCAGCAAAGAAAGGUUACGAAGAGGAGAAGAGGGCGUCUGUGCCGUACACCCGUCCUUCCUACGCUCACUACUACCCUGCCAGCGACCAGAGCCUCACCAACAUCCCCGCCUUCAGUCAGAGAAACUGGCGUCCACCUCCUCGCACUGAAGAGAAGCCAGUGGCCAGCGUCCGGCCGGUCCAGUCAACUCCAGUUCCCAUGACGCCCCGGCAGGCGUCUGCAGAAUCUGCCCCGGAUGACGACUCAUCAGGACCCAGCCUCGGAGGGUUUCCUGUCAACUGCCUGCAAAAAGCCGGCGUGUUUGUUCAGAGGAUCGUCACCACUACUGACAUCGUGAUUCCAGGCACCAACAGCUCAACAGAUGUCCAGGCCAGGAUCACUGCUGGAGAGAGCAUCCACAUCAUCAGGGGCACCAAAGGGACUUACAUCAGGUCGUCUGAUGGUCGAAUCUUUGCCAUCAGAGCAGCUAAUAAGGCCAAGACUGCAGAGGAGAGCACUACAGCACCACCCAAAGACUCCCAGGCCCUACCAGAGGAAGUGUCAACCAAUGGCAGUAACAGUUGCCUGUCACCUGACAGGAAGCAGCAGGUAUCCUCCAAGACUGUGCCCCGCCCUCUUUCCCCUGACAGCCCAGAGAUCAUCAGCGAGCUGCAGCGCUACACGGGUGGAGCUAGCACCGCCACAAGCUCCGGAGCUCCACCAGAGAGCAAGAUGACCAACCUGCCUCCCACCAAACUGGUUCAGACCAAUGGCAGCCAUGGGAGCAGCAGUGGGAGCAUCCGCCAUGAUGUCUCUGUCAUCCAGCCCAACAUGGACGCCACUGCAGCCCAAGAUCUGACAACAGGCUCCAAGCGCAAAGCCUCCACCCCGUCCCUGGAUGAGCGGCCCAGUAAGCAGCCGUCCGCAGGCAAGCGCUCCUCGGCCCCUCUGACCACACAAGCCUUCCCCUUCACCGGCGGCUAUGGCCUUCCUCCUCUGGGCCUCAACCCCGCCUUGUUGGGUGGCUCACUGGGGCACCCGCUUUUCAUGGGGGCGGGCUCGCCUUACUUCCAGCCCCCCCACACUCAACUGAGGGACCCCAGUUACAUGUACCCAGAUCUGUUCGGCUUCGGCGGAGCCAGCGCAGUCCCCACCUCCUCUUCCUCCGCCUGCUCCACGACAACCACCGCGGCCGCCGUCUCAUCUUCCUCAUCAUCUUCUGCUGCCGGUUCAGUUCCGGGAGCCCUGCCGCCGUUCAUGCUGAGCCCCAGCAUGGUGGGCAUGGCUGGGAUGCUCCCGCCAGGCUUCCCUCUCUCUUACAGCCAGUCUCUGGCGAGCCUCUACACGGGGUCGAUGCUCCCGGGCGGGCUGCCGGGUCCGGCCGCCACUCCAGGUCCGGCCGGAGCCAGCUUCCUCUCCCAGUACCCUCCCACUGCUGCCUGCAGCUCCUCCUCAUCCUCACCUUCCUCCUUUUCCCCUUCAGCGCACUCCGAGGGCCGCCAGGGCCUGGUGCUGAUGAACGGCGGGAAUGUCAGCAGCGCCAGCAGCUCGGAUGAUGACGACGAUGUAAUUGAGGUGAGGGGACAGUGACUGAUCGAUUGAGCGAGCUUGAUUCAAUUUAGAAAAUCAUCAAAAUAUGAUGACAUCCUGUUUGCCGGGAGGCAGGCUUCGCUGCGCCUGAGGCCGUGAGGGAAAUGGACAAAAAAUGAAAGACAAUUGACGUGAUUACAAGUGAGCCCCUGCUAAAGUGUUUCCUCUGUUCGCCUCCACUGCUGGAGAAACAGUCUGAAUGAAGAUUUAACACAGAGCGACAAAUCUUAACGCAGAAACCUGUGGAAGAAAAAAGCUCCAGAGGGAAGAAGAAAAUGAAAAUCAGAGGACUUCCAAGUUUUUGUCCAAUACUGGCAUUGAAAUACUGAUCACUGGACUAAGAACUGCUGAGUUUUGGGCCUGCAGUGACCACAAACGGCCACUAGUUGUAGUGUUGACUUUAGAGAUUCUAGUUCUGCAGCUUUGCUAAAUGUCGACUCUUUUGCUUUUUUCAGCUAAUUAAAAAAAGAUGCCGGUAGGCUGGAGUUGCUUAUAAUAAUAAAAAAAAAAGGUUUGAUAAUUAAGUUUGCUGGUAGUAACGUUUGUUAAAUAUCAGUAACUGAAAUGGUAUUGUUGUCAGUUGUUGAAUAUUGCUACUGAAUAUUUCUUCAAAAGGUAAAAAGAUCAAACGGAACUUUUAAAAAGCAUUUUGAUUGAACUUAAUAAUUCACUGCCAGGACAGGGGUAUUGUACGUUUUGUGUUUUAAUAUAAAGAAGCGGGAUCAUCUUGAAUUACCGAAGAGGCGGUUGAGGCUUGUUGAGGUUAAGAGACGCAACCUUAAAACUCUAACGAAAGAAUGUAUGUUUAAUCAAAUGCCUUUAAAACCAGGCCUUUUUGAAAAGACUCCUUCUACUAAGGCAUCAGACGUGGGAAUAUUUUUCUUUUUUGUUGUGAAUUUUAUAUGUAAUCUUUUACUUUUUAAAGGAAAAUCAUUGCCUAAAAACAGCCAGGUGAAAAUGAGAAGAAAAAAACAACUGUGUUCUUGUGAGGUGUCCUCCUCGUAGCGGAGAACCAACCAACACAAAAUGCCUUUUUUGCCUCCAUCUUUCUGAAUGUUAACUGUGAGAGAGGAGAGGUAAAGAGAGACGUCAGCUCUCUGAAUCUCACCCACAGUCUUACUGUAGCCUAGUGAAAAGCGAUGCAAAACACUCACUCAAGCCUAUAUAUGUAUUCGUACAGUACAAACCCCCCCGGAGGAAUUAAUCUCGCAACGUCUUGGUUACGCUUGUGUCGUGUUCGUGUCUGUGUGUUGUGUUCUUGAGGGUUACAAAAGGAAUCGUUUAAAAAAAAUAGAAAUUCCACUUCUGCUCUACUGUUUUUAUUCGCCCCUCUCUCCGUCUCAUCUCAUUUUGAGGUCAUUGUGAAACCAAACUCUUUUUUUCGGGAGAGACGGUGUAGCUAUGCCAAAAAACAAGAAAUGCACAAGCACAUCGGAGACCUCCAUCAAAGAAGAUCGUGUCUUAAGAGACCAAAUAAUGUCAACGAUGUUGAGCAGAAUUAAACUCCCAACACGCUGUCUCUGCAGCGUCCUCACCGCCACAUUUGAGAAUCCAUCUCUCUGUAUGACCUUGCAGGUAACACUGUACACUGUACUGCACUGUAAAAGAGACACAAAUCUGUAUGCGUCGUCUGUAAACCGGUUGAAAGCUUCAGCAUGUGACCAAGUUCCCUUUAGAUUAACCCGUCGUUCUGCUGUUCCCCUCUGAUCACACAAUCCGAUCGACUCUGGUCCGCGCUGUCCUCGUGUGGAAAAUCUUCUCCUCCAAAAAUGGCCGCAGCGAGAGCUUUAACACCCCACCGGCUCUUUUAUUGAAAAAGUAAAGACUGAGCAUUUCCUGUUCUUUCUCCUCCCUGUAUUUGUUCUUCAUACUGACUUUUUUUUUUUUUAGUUUACUUAUGUUCUGUUCUUUUUACAAUGUUUGAAUUUACCAAAUUUAUUUAUUUAUGACGGUGCAUAUUUAUUCAUUUUUAUUUUUGUACAAUUUUGUUUUCCUUUUGUUGCUAUCUUGUUUGUACGAUUUCAUGGUCAUAUUGUUGUUACUACAGAUGGAAAACACUUUGGUUUCUUGUGAUUUUUAUUAUUUUAUCUUCUAAAGUGUCGAUCUGCGAGUCUGACCCAGCACAUGUGAACUUGCAUGUGGACCAACCAAUUAGUGCGUCACUGUGCACAUUAAUAGCCAGGGUAGCAUCUAGAGCUGCAGCUAACGAUUAUCUUUAUUGUUGAUUUUUUUUUUUUUGAUUAAUCGAUUAGUUGUUUGCUCUAUAAAAUGGUAAAAAAUGUCAAUCGGUGUUUCCCAAAGCCCAAGAUGACGUCCUAAAAUGUCUUGGCUAAAUUGUUACACAGUGGUCAUAGUCUAUAACGUUAAAUCCAGCGGUACAUGUCCACCAGGUCCAGCGAGGACACUAGGGGACGCACUGCUCCGCUCAAUUGCAAGUGGUGACGUACCCUAUCAUGGAAUGCACCUGAUAUGUCCCUGGUGUUCUGCUCGCCAGUUAAAACGGGAAUCAACAUGGCGGCCUGCUCGUAAACUUUCUGUUAUUCCAUCUAAACAAUCCACCAAAAUCUACUUCUGAAAACAUUUUAAGCGAGAAAUAGGCUAUGCCACUGCUGAAUCUCGUUUCAUUUUAGAUCUAGAUCGCCUAGUUUGACAGCUUGGUCCAAGUUUAGUGAGCCGGACGCAUCGUGCUGGACGGGCUCAUUUGCAUAAAGGACAGUUCUCCGCCUUUUCAAUUUGAAAGAGCAAUGGCCAAAUGAGGAAACUCCAACGCUCGGUUUUAGCUGCGGUCCAGCUAAAAAUUAAAAUCGAUUAUCCAAAUAGUUGCCGAUUGAUUUAAUAGUUGAGAACUACUUGAUUAAUCGUUGCUCAUGUAGCAUCUGUAAGAAGGAUCGAUUAAUUAUCAUAUCCCAUUUCACAAUAAUCAGCCUUUGAUUAUGAGAAACCCCCCAAAAAGGGACAUCAAGGACACUAAUGUUAACCGUGAUACUGAGCUGGGUUAAAACCUUUAUAAGCUCAGAUUCCUUCACCAGAAUAUCCCGCCUGUUCACAAGUUUUUUCACAAUCUUAAUAAUAUGAGCCAUUUCUGUGCAUGUAAAUGAAGCUUAUUCACAAGUAAAGGGUCAGAAUCUGAACAAGAAAAUUAUGAUAUCAAGUGCUUUUUCUUUCCUGUAUUGUUUGUGGUUCUUCACCAUAUCAUCAGAAAUCAUGUGUGUCAUCCCGACGAUGGCUAACAAGCGAGUUUCCUCACUGUCGAACUGUUUGGUCGUCAGCUCUGACUGACUGCUCUUUUCUUUCACAGCUUUCUUACUUGAAUUUACAUAUUUAUUUAUACAAAUCGAUUCGGUCGGACGAGCCGAGCCGACUGUCUGAAUUCCAUUUUAGCCGAGGAGAAGAUUAAAGCUGCUGUCUGUGAGGAUUGGCUCUAGUCGAAGCCUGUUGUGUAGUUUAUCGAUGGAUAAUGUGUAUGACCUUGGAUUACUUUUAGAUCCUUUUUUUUUUGCUUUUUGAAGUUUGUAAAUAAAAAGAAACAUGUUCUAAAUAA